AUGAAAGCACACAAGAUCACUGCGGCAUUGUGCAUAGCAAGCAUCAGCGGCUUUGCGAUGGCACAAAGUGUCAAUGCACUCCAAGGACCUACCGGCGGAUCAACAGUCGCACACGACAUCAAUGAUCUCGGGCAAGUCGUGGGUCAAUCUAACUCGGGACUCUCGAUCAGCACCACCGUCUGGGACGCGAAUGGCGUAGGGAUGAACCUCGGUGCCGCUUCGGGAUACGACACAUCCUUCGGAUACGCGAUCAACAACAUGGGACAAGUUGUUGGUUACUCCGAAGUCACUUCCACAGGGAUGCGCACCGCGACCCUCUGGGAUAACGGGCGGAUCACAGAUCUUGGCGCAGACCUCGGAGCCGUCGGCGACUCUGUCGCUCGCGAUAUCAACAACCUCGGACAGAUUGUUGGGAGCGCGAGUUUCUUCGGCGGAUUCGGAGAAGGUUUCUUGUGGGACAGCACCGGAGGACGAGCAGUUGGCACCCUCGGGAUGGGGGGCUCAAACCUUGGCAUCAAUAACAUUGGUGUCAUGGUCGGACACUCGUUCUUCUUCGGAGACCCUGACACCGCAUCCAUCGCGAUUCCAGACGAUCGCGGCGGUUACUUCACGGGCGAUCUCGGCCCAGCGGGCUUCAACUUCUCGAUCGCCACUGCGAUCAACGACAACGGCAUGAGCGUUGGCCACACCAACUUUGGAACUGACGGCGCUUGGCAAGCCGCGAUUUUUACGACUGACCUCAUGGGACCACCUACACCUCCGACACUGCUCGGAUCUCUCGACGGGCUGAACACUUCGGAAGCAAAUGAUGUCAACGACAAUGGCAUGAUCGUUGGAUACUCAUGGGACGGCACGCACUCAGGAAUCGAUUCGCGCGCAUGGGCGUGGGUUGAAGGCACUAUGUACGAUCUCAACAACCUGCUUGAUGAAAGCUCAAUGUUCUCACUGCUGAUCGAAGCAACCGGCGUCAAUAACAACGGCGACAUCGUUGGAUACGGCUUGCUCCAUGACGGCAGCACUUCUGCGUUUGUCAUCGAGGGACACCCAAUGAAAAAGGGAACACUUAUCGUUCACACACUCAUCCCAACGCUCAUCGCGAGCUCAACUCUCGCCGGGUUCGCGGACUUCGAAUCAGCACGAGAAGGCUUCGCGGGCGAAACAUUCGUCGAUGGAGGGAUCACCUUUUCUCGCUUGAAUGAUGUCUCUGGGAUCAAUCCAGACGGCGCGAUGUUUGAGCCAGGAGAAUACGGGCGUCAGUUCAUCGUCGAGAAUGCGACACUUGCGAUCAACGACUUCCCAGGGGUCCUCGGCGGGACCAACGCGCUUUCUUUCGGGAACUCCUUCAUCGCGGGCGACAAUCUCUCGAUUAACAUCCUCUCCUCGUUCCACAUGAGCACUGGACAGGUCGAGAACUUUGCAUCCCUCGAUCUGCUGAUGUUCGAGAACGGACCCUGGGGUGGCAACACCAUCUCGCUCGACGCGCUGCUUGAUGGCCAAGUCGUUGCAAGCGAUUCGUUCGUGAUCUCCGAUCUUGGGGGCAGAGACAAUCUCGUAGGCAUGGCGCUGUCUAUCGACGGCGUGAACUUUGAUUCGCUCCAGCUCUCAGCACGCAUGCCCGAUGGAACAUACACCGCGUUCGCGGGACUGGUGGAUAAUGUCACCAUCACACCGACUCCAGGCGCGACCAGCUUGCUCGCGAUGGGAACUGUGAUUGGACUCCGCCGGGCGGAGCGUGAUUCUCGCGGCUCCGAAUCCGGCAAGAGCGAAGAUCACAUAGACCAAUGCCGCGGGAUCAAGAAGACCAGCGAGACGAACAUGAUCGCGAUAAUGCGAGGCUUGGUGUACCACGCUCUGGGUUUGACUUCUGCAGUUUCGCUCAUGUGUUCACCCCUCACUGAUGGUGCGUUGUUCGAUCCGUUUUUCCGAAACGGUUUGCACAACGCGAUCAACAUAGACACCGGACAGAUGGAUGUCGUCAGCAUCAAUCGCGCCGGUCUCGACGAUCUCGUCAACUUCCGCGAUGGUGAAUCUGGCGCCGGUCGCCAUUUCAGGAUUGAAGUUUCGUGCUGUUGCGUGAAAGACAAGGUUUCCAAAGUGAUCCGCUUUCGCGGCUUUGACGAGAGCAAGGUCACCAAACAGACCGGUCUCCAUAACAAACUCUCGUUCUUGUCCGCCGUUGGGAGUUGCGAAGACGCGUGUUUCUUUACCUUCUGCGACUUGUGUACCGACUCCGGUUGCAGUGUAAAACGCUGGUAUACCAGCACCACCAGCACGCACUCGUUCAGCGAGUGUGCCUUGCGGAUUAAACUCAACUUCGAGUUCGUUGGAUAA